CGGCUUCCCUCGGGUAAAACAUAAUAAAUUAUACACCUAAAUCUUCCUCCAUGCAACCACCAUGAAAAUCGUGCAGUAAAGAUAAGGAUAAUCCAAAAGCGCAAGUAAGUCAGGGUAAAAGCACCAUCCUUAUUAUGCAGGUUCAGAAGCACUUAGUAUAUAGCAGCUCUCUCUGACCUAAACGUUUCCCACAUUCUUCCUCAGCCGUUGAGCAUCUGAGCCCAGUGUCCGCUCUCCUACUCCCACGGUAGUUCGUCGGCAUACCUAGUUGUAAGACCAUUGGCACGCAUAUCCUUGACGACUUUGGUUUGCCCCUUCUGUCAGGACCAGGCGGGAGCGGUAUAGCCAGAUAGAUAUAUGUUCCCAUACAGCAGCUAUCCUAUCCUAAAGAUAAUUAAACAUUUUGUCGGUUUGUCUCAUACUGGUUGCUAAGCAACGAGAGCUUAAUGCUGUGUUUUUAUAUAACGCUGUGUUAGCGCGCAUGCCCCGCGCACGUUACCUCCACAGGGAGGACCGCCUCACACCACCUGGCCAACUACCACCCACGGAGUACAAUCUGGCAUUCAAGUGAACGGCGUAUCAUAUCUAUCGAGUUAUUGUGACGCUACUUUACACAUAUUUUAGUCAAUUAUUUGCAAAGGUUCCAGAGUAGUACCUUGAGAUGUCCUAAAUUGAUAACGUUUGAUCAAUGCAUUUGUAGAAUCAGUUUUGUGGUGCUAUCAUUUUGUCGAACAUCAUAUUUUAAAAAAUAGGGAAAAGCAUUUUUGGAGUGGAGGAGUACCUAAUAAUGGGCUGAUAAAAUUAAUUUUGUUUGUAACUGUACAUGCGUCGAUCUGCAAAAUGCACUUCACACGCGCAGUCUGCUGAAUACAGAUUUAUAGAAAAUGUAUUUACUUCUUUGGCCUUAAUUAAUUAUUUCGAACAGAAUGGCCUCAGCAUAUUUUAAGUUAAAAAUGCUUCGAAAAAUACGUGCCAAGAAAAAGGAAACUACCAAAACAAAAGCUGCUGCUGCUGUUAACAUCUGCAGAGUAUGUUUAAAAGAAGGUGAAAUACCUAUAUACACCAAUAAUGGUCCUUCGGACGUGUCUGAAGCAUUUCGAACUUUCGCAGACGUUGAUAUCAGUGAGGACGAUGAUUUUCCUAAACAUCUCUGUGAAGACUGCCAUUCGCUACUACAAAAUGCUAUAAUAUUCCGGAAAUCAGCACAAAAUGCCGACGCAUUGCUUCGCCAAAUAGCCGAACCGACAGAUCCGCAAGCUGAGGCUGAAGUGAGUUAUGUGACACAUGAUAAUACAUUUUAUGAUAAUAAUGACAAAUUGAAGUCGUACCAUUGCAAAUUAUGUAAAUUAAACUUUAAAACGUUGGAUGAAUAUGUGAGACAUAAAAGGUCCAAGCAGCAUAAUCGUGUACGAAUCCAAUGUCCGAUUUGUUACAGAUUAUUCACUGCACGAUUGUUUAAGAGACACUUGCACAGGCAUCAGUCUGCGACCCAUCUGAUUUGCGACGUGUGCGGCAAGCUUUACCGCAAGGAUAACUUGGUUCGCCAUUUGCAACUACAUAACUUCGAUCUUCCGUUUCAGUGCCAAAUAUGCCCAUAUAGAGGAAGAUUCUUGGAGUCCCUUAAAAUACACAUGAGAACUCACACAGGUGAUAAACCUUUUUGUUGUGACAAAUGUGAACUUCGAUUUCUAACUAGAAGUAAUUUGAACAGGCAUUUAUUGACUCAUAAGAGGGAGCGACCACAUAAGUGCCUACAAUGUGGAAGGGGGUUUUACACAAAACGUGAUAUGGAUAUACACUAUAAGUCUGAUCAUACAGGGAUAAAGGAAUUUGGUUGUAAGAUAUGUGGGAACAAGUAUGGGACGAGGAAAGCGCUUAUGAGACACGAGUUGAGGGUCCACAAAAGAGAUAAAAUGGCGAAAGGCCGAAUGCCGCUGUAUUUGCAGGAGGAGUAUAGAAAGAUAGACGAUACACCAAAAUAACGUGUUAUAACGUGUAUGUUGUGUAAUUUCAAGGUUUUCCUCUAAGGCUCUGCUAACUUAUGCCGCUCCAAAUCAAGCUGCGCAAUACUCAUGGACAAUCGGACAAAAAACAUGUAGCUAAUAUCUCUAGAAGAGCUACCAUCAAAUGUGAUGUGUUGUUGACUACCUAUAACGUCAGUUAUAUACAGUGUAUGGUAAGUAGAAUUUGCAAUGAAAUAAAAAAUUAAUGUAAUUUCAACUGUUAAUAUUUAUAUUGAUCCACAAAAACAAAUACGUAUAUUUUUAAUUCUCCAUUAAGUUGUUAUUACUUAUAAUAAAAAAAUCUAAAUUGAAGACACAAUAAUGGCGAGGAAUACUGUAAUAUGUAUAAUAUUAAUAUAUAUAUAUAUAUAUAUAUAUAUAAUAUUCUGAUUAUGAGUGCGAUUUCGAUAAUUUGUAAAAGGAUUUAUGAUAUUGACUAGAACAUUGUUAUAAAAGAUAAAUUAAGAUUCUUCAAAAUGACUAGUAUUGAUUUUUUGUUAUAGAAUUGGUAAAUCUAUGGAUUAUAAUACGAUUUAUACAUUAUAUUAUUUCACACACAACAAUCCUAAGCUACACACAUCAAUAUAUUCAGGCAAAAAUACGUGACUUAUAAUCACAUAAAGGAACUUUCAGUUCUCUAGGCAAACUGGUGACUUCGUGACUUGAACAGAGACCUGUUGAUUCAUCGUGUCCCUCUCUGGUCUCCCACCUUCAACUCUCCUCCGAACAUCAAAAAUAACUUAAAUAAUGCAUUAUACCAGAACCUCCUAUUUUGUUUAUAUAAUUUUCAACAAUUGGCCCAUUGUGGCUAUUUUUGUAUAUGAGACUAUAAAGAGGUCCUGAUAUAAGGAGACGGACAAUACACAUAAAUCUUCUACAGUACAAUGGAAGAUACAAUUUGAUCAUGAUUGUAUAAUAUAUAUAAA